UCAGAGACAAUGGUUGGGUUUAGAUAGAGUCUUGGACUACAAAAACAGUUCCAAGAUGGGUGAGGAGCUGGCUCGGCUCCAGCAGGAGGUGGUGAGGCUAAGUCAGGAGCUUGACCAAACCAUCUCGGAGAAGGAGCAGGCUGCACAAUACGGUCUAGUCCUGCUGGAGGAGAAGGAUGGGCUAGAGGCAAGGUGUCAGGAUCUGGAGAAUCUGUAUGAGAAUACUAGACUAGAUCUUCAUGUCACACAAGAAGCCCUGACAAAGUUUCAAUCCAGUCAGCAGGUUUCGACGAGAACUGGAAUCGAACAUGAAGAAAUAUUACUUUCUGAAUCCGCCGCCAGGGAGACAUCUCUCAACACACAGAUAAUAGAGAUGGAGCUGGACUUGAAGGCUUCUAAGGUUGAACUGGAAAGACUGAAGACGGAGAAGACGAGUGCUAUGACCGAGGUUGGAAACCUCAAGCAGCAGAACAGUGUACUGGAGGUUGAGCUGAAGAGCUUGAAGGGAGAGGUGAAAGAGUACAGGUUCAGAGAGACCAGGCUUCUCACCGACUACUCGGAGCUAGAGGAGGAGAAUGUUCUGCUUCAGAAACAGGUUUCUGGUUUACGGAGUACUACAGUUGAAUUCGAGGGAGCUAAACAUGAGAUUAGACAUUUAACUGAGGAGCUGGAGCUAGCAAACUCUCAAGUCGAGGAGCUCACAAACCUCAAGAAGAUUGCGGAGAAGCAGCUUGAGGAAGCUCUUGAAUCCCUUCAGGCUGAGCGUGAGCAGAGGUAUGCACUGAAGAAGGAGUUGGACACUAAGAACAACUCCGAGUCCAUGUUUCAGCUGGGAAACCUCGCCCUCUCUAUUCAGGGGAUGACGGAGUCCGGGGCUCCAAGCUCCAUGGGGAGCGAGGGAGACGAGGAGGCUCCUGUCUUCAAGAAGAAAGGAGAGGACGGGGAAGAUGGAGAUGGAGUUCCUGAAGAUUCUGCUCCAGCCGAAGAUCUCUUCUCAGAGAUUCAUCUCGGUCAGCUGAAGAAAUUAGAGAAACAGUUAGAAUCCAGUGAGUCGGAGAAACAGAACCUCUCCGUUAACGCUAAGGAGAUGCAGACAACCCUGGAGAAGGCGAUCAAAGAGGCGGCCCAACAAAAGUCCAUGGUGGCCGAGCUGAUGGUUUACCUCGCGGGACUUGACAAGCUUACUGCAGAUGAAAACGCUCGUCUGUCCGCUGUAGUAAUGUCGGAGGUUAAAGAUGUGACCGGAGUGCUUGAAAAACAUAGAACCUGGCAAUCUGUUUGUGUCUCGGAGUUAGAAUCUAUAAAGAGCAAUCUAAAGAAUUUCAAGUUAGAAGACAAGACGACUUACGAUUCCGUGCUGAGGUUGAAGAACGAUUUAGCUGAGCAGCGUCACCAGAUGCAGGUGCAGGAGAAGAACUUGAUUGAUCUAAACCACGACAUCAAGAUUAUGGACAGUUUGGCAAUCGAGUCCCAGACGGCUCUUGGUCAGGUUCAGAACGAGCUCUCUAAUGUUACCGAGGAGCUUGCUAAGAUUUAUCAUCACAUUUGCACUGCAAACAAUAUCACUCCAUCCAGAGUUAUGCUAGAACAUUCCAAAGGUCCUGAGAGAAAAAGUUCGUCGAACGAGAAAAGUUCUCCAACCUAUAGUCCUUCAAAGAUGGAAAUCCUUCGCUCCAAACUGAAGACCGUCCCACAUACUGCGGACAGUUCGCAGUUCGGAGAUACCGCUAUCGUUAAAACCAACCUUGCUACAGUUAAGGAUCAGCUUAAAUACUUGAAGGCAUCUAUUGAGUCCUCUUUAGAGCUGUCCAAGAAGAAAAUGUCGACAGGAAGUGUCCCGUCUGACAGUGAAAACUCGACGGCCGAGAUUGACCUCCAGGAGACUCAGGAGCAGGUUGUGAAGCUCAAGAGUUUGUUGUCCACAAAGCGGGAGCAGAUUGCAACCCUGAGAACCGUCCUUAAAGCGAACAAGCAAACUGCAGAGCUUGCACUCAACACAUUGAAGUCUAAAUAUGACACCGAGAAAUGUAUUGUCAGUGAUACGAUGCUUAAACUGCGAAAUGAGCUCCGACUUCUCAAGGAAGAUGCUGCAACCUUUUCUACUCUGCGCGCCAUGUUUGCCGCGCGAUGCGAGGAAUACAGUACUCAAGUCGACGAAAUGCAGCGCCAGCUCAGUGGUGCAGAGGAUGAGAAAAAGACAUUGAAUCAGUUGCUGAGGAUGGCAAUUCAUCAGAAGUUGGUUCUCACACAGAGACUGGAGGACAUUGAGAUGCAAUCAGAGUACAGACCUACCACGGGCGGAGGACCAAGGCGUGGAAAUAGAAAAAGUAGCGGAUAUGGCGGAAGCGGAGGUCGAGGAAGAUCUGGUUACAACUUUCAGGGUCAACGAUAACCGCCGCCAUAUUGGUAAAGGCGGCCAUCUUGUCUCAGAACUCUGGCAUAAUUUAGUGUUUCUUCGUGUGAAAGGUUAAGAUAGACACUGGAUACCAAAACUAAACUUCCAAUCAACUUGUCUCAAGUAAUUUAUUUAAUCGUCCGUAAUCUAGGGGACGAUUUUAUUUGUUAAUUCAACCAGUUUCUUUCGAAAAGACGACUGGAAGAGAAAUGUAAUCUCUUGUUAGAUAGUUAAAAAUUUGCAUUUGACUUAUAACUAUUGUUUUAUUCCUUUUAUGAUUUUAUUUCUUAUUUAUUUUGUUUAUUACCUUAGAAACCUUCCUAACUAACCCAAUUUUAUAAUUUUUUUAUUUGACGUAUUCACCGAAUCCACGGAGAGGUGUUAUGAAGUUGUGUACAUAGUUUUCUAACCCACAUCUACCAUGAUAUAGUUCUGUACAUAUUAUUGUCUUAUUUAUAACUGUUAAUCUUUGUUCAUCUAAUAUUCUUAACUUAGUAUUUACUAAAUGUAUUGUGUAUAUAGAAACAACUAAUUAUGUAAUGAAAUGAUAUUAUGAAAUAUCUUAAAAUGCUUAUGUACAAUAUUUGUGAAAAUAAAUUUUAAAUAUUUUUUUCA